AUGACCCACACCCCAGACCCGCCAGAACAUACCGUCGCACUGAACAACUAUCUUCAACGGAACGGCCUGGUAGCUCAUCUGAGCUGGCAGGAGAUGUGGACCGGGGCACGCCAUCGUCAGGAGUGGACCGCCAAUUGCGUCAUCAAAGAUGAGGUCCUCGGCGCUGGGAAAGGCUUGACCAAGAGUGCCGCCCGAGAGCAAGCAGCCGGCAUCGCUCUUAGGGCUCUGAGGAACCGGGGGGAACCGUCCUCAGAGGUGAUGGAAGCCAGCGUGGCUUGA